AUGUCUGAGGCAAAGAAAAUGACCUCGAGCCGUCGGCAUCAUCUGAAGAGCCUGAUGCUGCAGAUCGCCGCUGGAUGGCUGGAGCAGGAGGUGAAGGACAUAGCACUGGCGAGAGAGGCCUACGUCAACGAGAACUGCCCCACCCCGGACCUGAGCCUCGACCAGGCUGGUUUAAUGGAACUUUGCAAAAGCAUUGCUUCACAAAUUGACAAAAUUGACGACUCAAGGUACGACGUCGAGGCCAAAGUCCAGAAGACGGACAAAGAGAUAGAGGACCUGAAACUGAAGGUGGUGGAGCUGGCUGGAGUGAAGAAGCCUGCGCUGAAGAAAGUGCGUAUGUCUGCUGACGCCAUGCUCCAGGCUCUGCUCGGAGGCAAACACAAGGUCACCAUGGAUCUGAGGUCCAACCUGAAGCAGGUCAAGAAGGAGGUCAAAGAGGAGCCCACUGAAGCGGUCGGCGACUGGCGUAAGAACAUUGAAGAUAAAGCCGACAGGAAGAAGAUGUUCGAGACCUCCUAA